ACCGAGGUAACAUGAACAGGGGAGGGGAGGAGAUAGUGCAGUGGAAUAACAGCAACAGAACAACCAGACAUCGGGCUUUAUACGUUUAAAAAUGCUUUUCUGAAGGGGACGGAUACUGGCUUCCUGGGUACUCGGAGUCGUUGUCAGCCCCCCCACGGUGAGCAUCACUGCUUCACUUCAUUAUUGCACAGCUUCCACUGAAGCAAAGCCAGGUCCGUGUGAAGAGCCUGGUUGACUACUGCGGUGGCGGGGCAGGAGGACAAAGCUCAGGAAGAUGGCAUCACCCUUUGUGCCUGUCCCCGUGCCGUUUGACAGAGCCUUGUCAGCAGGUAGCAGCAAGCUCAGGCGGCCACAGCGAGCUUCGUCACUAGGCAGCGUCUCCAGCAUCUUGGCCGGGGAGGACCAUGGAAGAGGAUGCGGAGGAUUAGGUUCCCGGCGGCAAUCCCGCGGCAUGGACAGUGGCGGUCGGAGCAGGACACCACCACCCCUCUUCAGCCCUGUGACACUGGCCAGGGUGAACGGGACUCUGGAGCCCUCCAUCGAGUACUCCAGCUGUCCACGCUCCAUUUCGGAUCCUGCUGGGAGCCAGCAAGGCGAGGAGAGGCCCUUUACCCCCACUUUGCUGGGGUAUGAGGUCAUGGAGGAGAGGGCCAAGUUCACGGUAUUCAAGGUCCUGGUCAGGAAGACUCCCGAUGAGAGCUGGGUUGUUUUUAGAAGGUACACAGACUUCUCCAGACUCAACGACAAGCUGAAGGAGAUGUUCCCCGGCUUCCGCCUCUCGCUUCCUCCCAAGCGGUGGUUCAAAGACAACUAUGACAGCGACUUCCUGGAAGACAGACAGUUGGGACUACAGGCUUUUUUGCAAAACCUGGUGGCACACAAGGACAUCGCCAACUGCCUGGCAGUGAGAGAGUUUCUGUGUCUUGAUGACCCACCUGGGCCUUUUGAUAGUCUGGAGGAGAGCAGAGCGUUCUGUGAGACUCUGGAGGAGAGCAACUAUCGUCUCCAGAAGGAGCUGCUCGAGAAGCAGAAGGAGAUCGCCUCCCUGAAGAGGAGGUUGCAAGAGAGGGAGCAAGCCCUCCUGCUACUGCAGAAGCAUAUCAAUGGCGAGUGUGUGAGCCCCGAGUCUCUGUGCGAUCUGUCAGCUCAGGGCAGCGAGAGCAGUGCAGAUGUGGAGUCGUCCGCUGCAGAGGCUGAUCAGGAUGUGCUUGACGACACUGGUGGCAGAUGUGAGGUCCAACCUUUGCGAUCCUCCGCCUGUUGGUGUGGUCCGCCACUCAGCGCCUCUCCUCCGGUCAUUGAGGUCACUCAGCUUCACCACCAGAAGCUGGAAGAAUAACAAUGAACACUGGUCCCCCUCUCCUCCUCGUCCCUCCAUUUCCUCCUCCCCUACUUCAUUAUAUUUGAGUGCUUUUCCAUAACUUCUUGUUUGUUUUUCUGGCCUCUUUACCUUAUCAUUCCUUCCUCCCGCCACAACUCCAAUUUCCUCUUUUCACUUUCCACUUUGUUACUGCUGUUUGGCCUUUCAGUCUUGGAGAUGGAUCUGAAGCAGCAGUUAUCUCAAGAUCCGUGUAAAUGUUAAAAGGGAACAUCUUCAUACUGCAACAGCCUGUUUCACUUAUAUUUCCCCCUACACAAUGGGUCAUGGGAUAUUUUAGCUGGCCCCUACAGAAGACAUCCUGAAGACCUCACUCAACAUGUGCAAGAUAUGAACUAUAUCUUGAAUUACAUGGCUACACUUAUUUAAAACUAAAACUAAGUUGAUCUGUCUUGUGGGGAUUUUUCAAUCCUUCCCGUUUACUUUUGAACCUCGUACAGCGGCCGCCAGUCUGAAUCAACUUGAUCCUGCAGUCACAAAGCCAAAGUUUGGCUUCUUGACCAAAAAAAAAAGAUCACUUAGACAUUCACAGUCAUGACAAUCUACAGAAAACCUGAACCAUCACCUCAUCAGUUUCUGCAGACGUGCGUUGUGGCUCAUCACUUGUGAUGAGAGGCCCUCCUCUCAAACCAGAGAAACACCCCCCCCCCCCCCCAUGCGACUAUAGGAAUAAAUAAAAGUCUGGAUAGAUUAGAUGUCUCAGGAUAUGCACCAGUAACCAGGUGGGUAUCACAGAGGAUUGAUAACUUUAUGUACUUCCAUGUCAUUGCUUUGUACUGCCAUUGACUCCCAUUCAUACUUCUUGGGGUUUUCACUUUCAGUUUGCGUCUAAAGGCCUCGGCUCCGCCUUGUGUUAGUGCCAUGGAAGAUUUCUGGUGAACUAAAGUCCUGUGAGAGACCAUACAUCAAAUCUGUAAUGUAUUCUAUUGAGAGAGAGAGACAAGGAAAUGUGGUCCAUUGUUGCUUUUAGAGGAAUGUAAUGUCAUUCCCCUGACACAUGCAUCAGUUUGCUUAUGCCAAUUUAAGGAAAGUCCAUACAUAUUUACAACACUAAACCUCUUCUGGCACCUUGCCUGUUAAUAGAGUAGACUGAGCCUGGACUUGCAUCAGUUUCCUCGAGGUCAACCUAGAUGUUGUAACAUGGGUAUCAACGAGGGAUCAGUUCACCCAUUCAACAAAAAAACAAAACAUUUUCUACUUACCCCUACGAGUGUGUGGCCUUGCAGAAGGUUUUGGUCAUAUCUACUAUAGAUUUUAACGGUUAUCUAUAUACAGAAUUCAGUGCAUUAACAUAGCAGCAAACAGCUAUUUGUAAUGUGAAGAUAAAAAAAAUAUAUACAAAACCGGGAAAUACCGGAAGUGAACGAGUCACCAUUACUACGGUGGCGUCUCUCGCAUGCAAGCUGUCCUAGGAAGUGUAAAAUGUUCUACUUUCAAGUUUACUUUCCGUAUUAACUUACUUUUAACAAUGAUGUCGAGAACAACCUGCACUUAUCAGCUGCCUAAUGUUAGUCUAACGUGGUGAAACAAGUAACAUCAGCCAAGUCAACGCUGCUUAGGUAGCGUAGCAAAGGUUAGUGUGCUUAAAUCAACUAAGCUAACCUAAUGUCCUUGUAAUAGCCUUCAAUUUUACUUUAAUCAAUUAACAAAUAUAUACUAAUCUGUUUAUUAUCUACACCAACCAUUUAAGUAAGUUACUACGAGUAACCAAGGACGGACUUAGCUGAAAGUCAUCAGUUAACACGGUUAACAGACACUGAGUCACUACGACAUACAUUUUAGUGGACGCCAGUCUCUUUUGUUCCCCACUGGCGAAGUAAUGGCCGCCGCUGUGCAUUGCGCUCAUAUGGCAAUUACCGCUGAUAAUGCCGCCCCGCCCCAGAUCGUUCCCCUUUUAGGUAAACACUGUUGGCUCUCUCAGCACUGGUGCCGUCAUCUGCACUGUUUCGUGCUUAUAGCACAGUUAGCUGCUAGCCGCAGCCUCAGCCGGCUCCGUGUUGAAAGCUGUGUGGAGGCAUUGAAUUCUGUUCUCAGCAAGCAUCUUUAAAUAUAUCCACUUCUAAUGUUUCUGCCUCUAUCUUCAUCUAAUUUAGGUCAAUGGAAUUUUUGUUUGUGGUGCCCAAAGUACUGGUAAAAUGGCAUGAAAAACAGUAAUCCACAGAUUAUCCACAGACACGGUGAAACCACCAUCUACCGGCGCAUACUCCCUCUUGACGGGGCCAUCUGAGGGUAACAUCAUGAGUAACUGUGACCUCUGCACAUAAAACCAAAACUAUCUGCAAUGCUAGAUUCCUGUAAGAGUAGGCGAGAACAUUUUGUCGUCUGGAUGAACUAACCUUUUACAUCUAGGGUUGCUAAUCUUGAGACACUAGCAAGAGUGUGUUAGCAGCGGCACUCGAGUCAGGCUAGAGUCUUGACAAUUCUGCGACUAUAAUGCAUAAAGUUGGCGGUAUGCGUUCGGGUCGGGUGGUUGAUAAACGCUUAAUUUGCAGGUCGGGCGGUGCAGAUUGUCUUUUAUAGCGGGUCGGUGGGUGCGGGUAUUAGAAAAGAGUGUCACCAGGCCCAAAAGCCAUAUAAAACACUUGAAGGGCAGUGGUUUCACAUUUUGUAGUGUGUUUUCACUCUUUGAUGAUGAGUUAAUGAAGUGUAUAACAACCACAGCUCUAUCGAAUCCUCUCACACUUGACCUAGAAAAAAAGGUUAUGUGAUGCACUUUAUGGAUGAAUGGCAACCCAUAACGUUUGCUAGGAUAUGCUUUUUACUACUUCAUUUGUUUGAGACAGAAACGUGCCUUUUCAACCACUGAAUCUGUCUUGAUUUCCAACUGGAUCUAAUGUGUCAAUGUUUGAUUUAUGUAUAUGAGUUUUGUUAAUGUGUUGUUCUGUAAAUUCCCUUCACGCGUAAUUCUAAGUGCCUUGGAACAUUUUUCACCUAACUUUUCUUUUGAUGUGUUUAAAUAGCUUUAUAGAUUUGUGCAGAACAUGAAACAAUUCCACUUUGUUCCUCUGAUGGAAACAAUCUUUUAAAUAACCCUUAUGUGUAUGUUGUUGCUUGGAAUAGAAUGAAGACUUUUUUUUGUAAUGAUACAUGAAUCAAUAUGAAGUUUUAGUUGCAUAUAUACACCUAUAGUUGCACUAUGAAAGACUUAAAUGAAUAACCUUUGGUGUCACUAUUAAUGUCCUGGGUUUAAAAGGGGGUAAUUCACUGAGACGUCUGGUCCGAAAUGAAUACUGUGGACACAAAAAAAUGUCACAGCAGAGAUGUUUAUCAGAAAUAAAUAUUGAAUUCACCCACAAUCAAAUGUGGAAUGAUCUAUUGAAUACACGUGUAUGCUUCUUCACAUUUAAAGUCUGCUUUCAUGAAAUCAGAUUAGUAGUCUCUGCUUGGGUGAAAUAAACUGUCAGGUCUCAUAAGUGAUGAGAUGAUGUGGGUUUACAGUUACUGUAAGGCCCAUUUUAAAAGUGUGAUGCUUUCAAAAUGUAAUAAAUUCUUAUCACAGAAA